GUUGACGUAUCUCAACUGUCAAAUUUUCGUAUAAUGGGACACAUACAUUUUACAAAUUUCGACAUAGGAAUUUGCAAAAUUAAUUAAGUUUAAAUAUCAAAACAUUGAAACUUUAAAUUGAUCGACAGAUCUUGGCAAACUUCCAUAUGGAAGGUAUUUUGUGGAAAUGGACAAAUUACUGGAAUGGUUGGCAAACCAGAUGGUUUGUUUUAGAAAAUGGAAUAUUAUCAUAUUACAAGUCACAGGAAGAAGUUAAUCAGGGCUGUAAGGGUUCUGUAAAGGUGUCAGUCUGCCAGAUUAAUGUUAACAAUAUUGAUAACACACGGUUAGAUUUAGUUAUACCUGGUCAACAGCAUAUGUACUUGAGAGCACCAUCACCGCAAGAUAGGCAAAAGUGGCUUGUAGCACUAGGCAGUGCUAAAGCUUGUGUUGACUCAGUAUUAGAUCUCAAAGGAUCUUAUGAAGACUCUUUAACUCAUAAGAAAUCUGAAUUGCAUUUAUAUUGUGAUUUACUGAUGCAACAAGUGCAUGCAGUAAAAAGUGCAGCAACAUCUGAGGGAGGACCACAGAUUCAGGAAAUUGAAAAUGCAUCUAGUCUGCUUACUGCAACAUGUGACACCUUUAUAAGGACCCUUGAAGAUAUUAUGAAACUCUCUAUUAAUACUGGAAUCAAUUCCACUGUCUAUGAAAUGUCAGUUCCUAACUUAGCAAUGACUAAAAAUAAUUUGAUCAAACCAAAACCUGUAAACAGGUCUCAGUCACAAGAAAACAGAUGAGUAAAAAAUUUUUAUUUGUUAAAAUUAAUGUCUUGUCUGUUAUCGUACUUAGAUAUUCCUUCUUUUUGUAAAAAUCUGUACAUUUUUUAGGCAUGUAAAUAGUGAAUUAAUAUGUAAUAUUGAAUACUUAAAUUUAUAUGCUUUGUGCAAGUAAAUAUUCAUGUAUUCAUAAUUAAAUAUGUUAUUGUUUAAAGAAUUUUAAUAUUAAAAUGUGCAUAUAUACUUUUAUAAACAAUUUGUUUUGGUUGAUUUUUUCUGUGAUAAAUUGUAUUAUUCUUUUACUUUCUUGAUUAAUUUUAAAUAUCAAUAUUAUAACAAAAUUAUAAAUGUAUUUCUAAUUAGAUCUGCUGAUUAAAGAAGGCAUUUAUGUCUGUUAAUAAUAUAUGCACUUGUUUGUGC